AUGGUUCGUGCUACUUACUUUGACUCGAUGCGAUUGUGUUUCCAUGCGAUCUACGUCGAGCAUGGAGCCGGCUUGGCUUCCCGUUUCAUCGGAGUGUCGUCAACCGAGACCGUCUCGCAGGACGUCCAACCGGAAUUAAGAUGUACCCGACACGAAGGCGAUGUCGACAAGUCGACAGUAGAAGCCGACGACGAUCCCGGGCUCGACGGAGCCGUCUUUUCCCUCUCAUACCAUCGGCGGCCGCCCAACCCACGAUCAUCUAUCAAGGAAUCGCGACGCGGCAGCUAUGCCGAGGCCGUGGGUUCCCUCCGGCAAAGCGCGCGCCCGACCAACACCAGGCUACGACAUGCCCCGUUCCUGAACGCUGGCUCGACAUUAUCAUCCGGUCGGCGGGAAUUCCAUGACUAUUUCGUCACUCAUCUCCCGUCUUCCUCCCUCCAUCCCGAUUCCCGAAACUCGGCCGGCCCUGGCCAUAAGCUCCCUCGCGAUGCCUCCAUCCCUCAUGUGCAAGGCCCAGGCUCGUCUCCCGCUGCCGCCCCACUCAACAUGCCCAGCAGGGACCUGACCGUAGUCCGGAUCCCUCUGCAACGAGCCAAGCACCACUUCGGAUCGGCCACUGCGAGAGGUACUCGCCCUUACAAUGAAGAUACCAGUCAGGCGGGGACAACAUCAAUGCCUUCCUUUGCCAAACGGGCACCUAUGAGCGUUCAGAGGAGGGCCCUCCAGAGACCCGAUGAGGCGACAUCAGCCGAUAGCGCCUUGGGAGACCCCCAGAUAUUCUAUUUCGGCGUCUUUGACGGCCACGGCGGUACCCAAUGCUCGGACUUUUUGAGAGACGAGCUGCACGGAUACAUUGAAGAGGCAUCGGCCAACUUUGGGCUGAAGAGCAGUCUUAGGAGUGACCGACCGAAAAACUCAUGCCGUACAUCGGACACUGGCGUCGAAGCCGGCAGCGUAGACAAGCCGCAGAUGAAAUCGGAAGAGGAGGUCAAAAGCCGGCUCAGGACACCCACGCAGAACGAGUACGGAGCCGUCGAGCAACCAGAACGAGAGGAAGCCGUGAAAGGGGCUGAUCCCGUACCCGCUGAAGUCGACAGCGUCUCCAGAGCCAUCCAGCUCGAGCGAGAACUGAUGGAGGAGUACAGGCGGACCAUUGGGGGCUACUUUCGGCGUUUCAACCCAGUACACUUUAGCAGCACGUACGACCAGGGCAACAAUGAACCCGUCACCAUCGAGUCCGUCCUCACGUACGCUUUUCUCCGUGCCGACCUGGACUUUGUCUCCGCUCAAGCCCGCAAACCCGACCCCGAAGACCCUCGCGUAGCCGAUGAUCCCCUGAACAACGACGAGAUCCUCGGUGCCCCCCACAUACCGCCUUCGGGCCACGGCAUAGGAGGCCACAGCCGCUUCAAGGGCGGCUCGACCGCUUCCAUCGCCCUCAUCUCCACCCCCACCGCCGCUCCCUUCUGGCAUCCCAACGCCCAGUCGACCCUGCUGGUGGCCCACGUGGGCGACACACGCGUCCUCCUCUGCGACACCGCCACCGGGCUCGCCCGACCGCUCACAUCGGACCACCACCCCACCACCCCGACAGAGGAGCGCCGCCUCCGUCGGUACGCACCCGCGGGCUCGAUGGUAUCGGGCGACUCCUUCGGCGAGCUACGCAUCGCCGGCCUCGCCAACAGCCGCGCCUUCGGCGACAUGGGGUCAAAGCGCAUCGGUGUCUCCGCCGAGCCUGAGCUGACCCGCGUCGAGCUCGGCCCGGCCCAGUACAGCUUCCUCACUCUCGUCAGCGACGGCGUAUCCGGUACGCUGAGCGAUCAGGAGAUUGUCGACGUUAUCAAGGAAGCGCGAACUCCGGAGCAAGGGUCGCAGGACGUUGUCAAUUACGCCACCGAGGUGUCGGCCAAUGGUGACAAUGCUACAUGCCUCGUCGUCCGGCUGGGUGGGUGGGAGCGUCGCUCUGAGGGCGGCGUCGGCAGCCUGGGUACCAAGGAGAUCCGGGAUGUUCGGCGGGCGGAAGCGUCUGAUCCCCGACGGGGGACGAGGUGA